AUGGCUGCCGUGAAAGCAAAUUUUGCCGCGCUCGCUAAGCUUGUCGCAGACGUGCUGGUUUCAGAUGACGAUGACGGCGAAAUGUCGGAGGAAGAACUGGAGGAGACUUCAGAUCUCACCGUUGCUGCCGUGCUUGUCGCACAAAUUAUGAGGGAAGACCGACACCGGGUGCGGCUGUAUGUAGAAAGCGUGGUGGACAGCUACAGUGAUCACGGCCGACUUCGAGUCUUCCUCAUACUAUCCUCGCGGUGGGCGCGGAAGACAGAAAAUAACAGCAUUGAAGACUAUGCUGAUUGCCCUGACGUACCUGGGCACGCAGUGGUCCAUGAAUGCUAUAGGCGACAAGUUGGUGUCAGCGAGUCGACGGUGCACGUUGCGAUACGCCGCGUUUUGGACUUUCUGCUGUCCAUAAGCGAAAGAGAAAUACGCUGGCCUAACGACGAGGAGGCUGCACGAAAUAAGCGUGCGUUUCGCGCGCUUGGUCGUUGUGACGGCGUCGAGGCUGGCCUGCCAGACGUCAUCGGUGCCAUUGAUGGAUGCCAUGUUCGCAUCACAAGACCCACAGUGUGUGAGGAGGACUACUACAACAGGAAGAAGUUCCACUCCAUCAUUCUCCAGGCUGUUUGUGAUGCCGACAUGGUGUUCACUGACGUAUUCGUUGGCUUUCCAGGCAGAGCACACGACGCCAGGGUGUUGGAGGAGAGUUUUCUAUUCGAAGAGGCAGCGUCGAGAUACGACGGUGGAUAUCUUUUGGGGGAUGCUGCGUACCCUCUGCUUCCGUGGCUGCUGCCACCUUACCGCCACGUCACAAGCAGCUGGCAGCCGUGGAUGAGCAAGUUUAACCGUGUGCACUCCAAGCAACGCGUUGUUAUUGAAAUAGCAUUCGGCCUGCUGAAGGGACGUUUUUGGCGAUUGGACAAGAUCGAUGUUAACAGCAUUCCGCAGGCUGUGGAAAUUGUGAUGGCAGCCUGUGUGCUGUACAACCUUGCCCGCAGACAUGCCGAUGUGUUAGAAGAUAGUGACAUUUCAAACAGCAACCUUGGCAUAUUUUCCAGUGAGCCAGUUGAUGUUGGCCACAAACCUACGUUGGCAGCAAAGCUGCGGGACCGUCUGGCCCAGAGUGUGCCAUUGUGAUUGUAUGCUCUGUGUUAAUUUUGCUGCCUUUAGUGAACAUCCUAUUAACUCUUUCUAUGUAAGCCAUUGGAGUAUGUGUCAGCUUAUUAUCAUUACUUUAAUUACUGUGAUUGGUACGCUGUGAAGAGGAUGUGUUUUGCGGGGGGGGGAGCAGUUCUGUCUUCAAAUGUAUUCUACCAGAGCAGAGUUUCUCAGCCAUGAGUAUUUUCAGGACAGAAGAAACGAUUUGCAUUACUUGCAUAUUUUGGGGAUCCCUGUGGACUGCUGGAAGUGAUGAGGCACCCCUCGCCUGAGCAGCUUGUAAAUAAAACUACCCUCAUUCAAGCUUUUUCUAGCUAUGUUUCCUCUUUAAAUGGGAUCGGGCCCGCGUCUAUAUGAUGUAGGAAAAUUCAACAAGUAUUUUACAGCCAUUUUAUAGAAAAAGCGAUACAUUAACGAGCUGCACCGCAAUGCGAAAUUGUAGCCAAAUAUCCAGAAUUUGAAAGGGCUCCAAUUAUGAGACAUAAUAUGACUAAAAAAUUCAACUUUUUUUCUGACAAUGACAUUUGCAGAUUUCUUGAGCUCCAAGGAACUGCAUAUAACGACCACAAUACUAGAACACCGAUUGCUAACACAUGACAUUGCUGCGUAGAAUUUAAUGUCCCGUUCUGUGUAAACUCAUCGUGUCUUCGGCUCACUUUUGAUAGCAGUAUGAUUUGCCUUAGUUAUUGUAAUAAGACUUCUUAGGAGUUUCUGGUCAAUUUUUAACUAUUUUAUAACGACACUCUGAAGCACGUGAUUACGUGACUCUGUUAUGGACGUAGGGUCUAAAAACAUGUGUUUACGUCUUCGAGAAAGUGUAUGUUUAUGGAUGAGAAUGCAUUUUUUAGUAAAUGUUACCUUUCAUGAGUAUGGCUUCCAGCCACAACUUUUGAGUAUGGAGCAUUAUUGUUUACUGCAUAAGUGCACUGACACUGUAGAGUAUAUUGCAUUGUAUGUUUGCUGCAAGUGCCCUGAAGGCUGCCUGCAUGAUUGCUGAACGAACUUUACAGUGCAAUAUUCAGCCUGGCUUACGUUGAUUCAAAUGCGACCUGCAGCAAUGCCAUGGCUAUGUUAAUUCCAAUAAGUUAGGCAGUGUACUACGGACCACUCAUGAUGCUGACUAUUAUUCAGGUUUCAAAAUUUUUUUGUGACAGGUUUGAACUACUUACAGCAGCUUGGUUCAGUAGUGCGAAAUAAGAUGACAUUUUUGUUCAUUUUUUUUCACAUAGUCAUGACAUGUAUUGCUGUAAUAAUCUACGUACAUGCAACAUUGAUUCCAUGUAAGUUGCUCUACUGAGCACUGCAUUUACUUGUUUCUUUAUAUUGUUGUUUAGCAGGAACUCUUUUUUGGACACAUUAUCCUGCCUAAAAGCAGCACGCUUUGAAUGUGCUGGUUGCAUGCUACAGAUGCUAACCACUGUGAAUAUAUGAUGGUUCAACUUGCCCCUUGGAUUGUUUAUGACCCACGUAAGCAAUGCUUCUUACGGAGUGAAAGUUGGUUAUAAAUAAAUGUGAUAUUUUUCCCCACAUCAGCCAAAGGUGGUUGGGUCACCACGUGUGUGUAAAUACGUGCGGUGUUGUUCUAUGCAACUGUCACUCACAGGAAAAAUAAAAUGCAAUGUGUGUAGUUUGGCAUACGAUUAACCACCAAAAUAGCUAGCACUAUGAUGUUAACAUCAUAGCACUAUGAUAGGUUAACAAACUGGAUGUGACAAACUAUUAAAAAAAUGUAAGAGUGCUUUUUAAGCUUAGCAUUCAAAGCAGCACAUUUGUAUGGCAAGCUGAGUACAAUAAUGUUAAAAUAGAAUGGGCACCAUUGUUGGGAAACACAGACCUACUCAGCGUCUGAGUUCGUGCAAAUGCCCUUGCAGUCGUGGGUUUAUCUAUAAUGAUGACACGUUUGUCCUAGUACAUACAAGUAACACGAUUUUUAUGUAAUUUGGGUUUGUAAACAAUAAUGCAAGAGGAAAGUUAAAACACCACUUUUCUCUUGUUUGUACCCCCAGUGUUUUGGGAUGAAUAUGUGGAAACAGUCUCAGCUCAGUCUUAUUGAAAUAAAGAUUACAGUGGUCAUUA